UUGGAAAUAAAAUAAUUCGAGUAGUUCGUAAUAAUAACCUUCAGCAAUCAUGAAGGUAUUUGUUUUCGUUUUGUCCCUGAUAUCUCUGGGAUUCGCAGACGACGAGAUCAAUUCCCGGUACUUCCCCAAAAGCUUCAAGUUCGCCGUCGCCAAUGCUGCCACCCAGAUCGAAGGAGGCUGGCUCGAAGACGGUAAAACUGAAAGCAUCUGGGACCAUUUCGCCCACACUCAUCCAGAGAAGAUCGGUGACCACUCCACUCCCGAUAUCGCUUGCGAUUCCUACCACAAGUACAAGGAAGACGUGGCAAUGGUGAAAGCCAUGGGACUGGACUACUACCGUCUGUCCAUCGCCUGGACCAGAAUCUUACCCACGGGAUACCCCGACAAGAUAAACCAGGCCGGAGUGCAGUACUACAAGAAUUUGUUCGCCGAACUGAAAGCUGUCAACGUGGAGCCCAUGGUGACACUUUACCACUGGGAUCUUCCUCAAGCGUUGGAGGAUGAGCUCGGAGGUUGGUUGAAUGAAACUGUGGCGGAUCUCUUCGCGGAAUACGCAAGGGUGUGCUUCGAACUCUUUAAGGAUGACGUGAAGAUGUGGAUCACCAUCAACGAACCGAAACAGGUAUGUCAGGCGGGAUAUGGCUCUGGAUAUUAUGCCCCUGGUGUCGUUUCCGAUGGGAUUGGGGAGUACAUCUGCUCCAAAAAUUUGAUUAUGGCGCAUGCCAAGGCUUAUCACAUCUACGACAACGAAUUUAGGGCCACCAAUCAAGGAAGAGUUACUAUGGUCAUCGACACGUCAUGGUCUGAACCUGGUAGUGACAGUGCAGAAAAUCAAGAAGCAGCGGAAAGAGCCCUUCAAUUCGGUUUCGGCCUUUACGCCAACCCGAUCUUCAUCGGAAACUGGCCGCAGGUGGUUAUAGACAGAAUCGCACAACGUAGUGAAUUGGAAGGAUUCGCCACUUCCCGCCUCCCCGCCUUUACCGACGAGGAAAUCGCUUAUGUCAAAGGUACCUAUGAUUACCUGGGAUUGAACCAUUACGCUACCAAAAUGGUUAACGCCACGGCAGACGCACCAAUUGGCGAUCCAGCUUAUUGGAAGGACAUCAGCGUCUCGACCUGGGGGAAGCCAGAAUGGCCUAAUGGAGCUGGUGAUUGGUUUAGUGUUGUUCCGUGGGGUUUGCGACACCUUCUUGUGUGGCUGAAGAAGACUUAUGGUGAUGUUGAAAUUGUCAUCACAGAAAAUGGUCUUUCUGAUACUACUGGAAUAAUUGAAGAUGAUCACAGGAUAUCGUACUACCAGGGAUAUCUGAGCGCCUGCUUAGACGCCAUCUAUGAAGAUGGAGUCAACUUGUCGACCUACACCGCUUGGAGUAUUAUCGAUGAUUGGGAAUGGACCAGUGGAUACGGUAUAUUUUUGGGCAUGCACUACGUCAACUUCACGGAUCCAGAAAGAACAAGGAUUCCAAGAAAAUCUGCAGGCUGGUUCACCAACAUGGUCAAAACCAGAUGUUUGGUAGACACUUGUACCGAAUAAAAUGUAGAUGUUUUCGAUUUAUUUAAACAUGCGUUUUCACUACAAUUUAUUAAAAAAUCACAGUCUAUUCAGUACUGUUUUAAAUAUAAAAUAAAGAGUACAUUGCAAACA